ACUUUUGCUUUAUCAUCAUCCGUCUAGUAAUUACGAGCCAACAAUGAAUUUAUUAAACACCACCACACGCAUCUUCUUCUUACACCAACCAAAGCAGAGUAUCAUAACUCCCUCUUCCUUAUCUUUCAAUGCAAAGCUUAGUUUAGAUUCUUCUAAAACCAACUUUCAGAUGUCUUGCCUAAUCUCCGGCCAGUCCUUUCGCCGUCCGGCCAAACGUUUCACCGUCUCCAAUGCUGCUUCUUCUUCUCUCUCUGGCUCCCCAGAUCAAUUUCUUGAUGGUGGAGCCCAGACCAAAGAGGAGACCAUAACUGAAACAGAGCAGGAUCCAAUAAACUUAGCUGAUCCAGACAGCUGUUUCUGUGAGUUUCAAGGUGUUAACAUACACCACAAAGUGUUUGAUCCACGGACAAUCUCUGAUGAUGCUCCCAUCACAAGCGUCGAUGCUCAAGGAACAACCCCAAAAGUCGAGUUUCCUAUGAUUCUAUUGCACGGCUUUGGCGCUUCUGUGUUCUCCUGGAACAGAGUUAUGAAGCCUUUAGCUCGCCUUGUCCGUUCGAAAGUCCUCGCCUUUGAUAGACCCGCGUUUGGACUGACUUCUCGGAUCCUUCACCCGUUUAGUGGUGUUACCAAUGAUGCAAAGCCGUUGAAUCCGUACUCCAUGGUGUACUCCGUGCUAACCACGUUGUACUUCAUCGAUUUUCUUGCUGCCGAGAAGGCCAUUCUUGUAGGGCAUUCUGCAGGUUGCCUUGUAGCUGUAGAUUCUUAUUUUGAAGCUCCAGAGCGUGUUGCUGCACUCAUUCUCGUUGCUCCAGCUAUAUUUGCUCCUCGUCCUGUGAACACAGCUGCUGGUGCUGGAGAUAACCGUGGCGAAAAUGGUCCCAGGAGCAAGUUUCUAGGGACUUUAGUUGAGUUAAGCAAAGUCAUUAUAGGUGCAAUUUCGAGAGCUUUAACGGGAAUGGCGAGUAUGCUGAGUUCUCUCUACAAGAAAGCUUUGGCAGCUUUCCUCAGAUCAUAUCUUGGAGUCAUGCUGGUGAGAAUGGCGAUCAAUAAGUUCGGAGUAACAGCUGUUAGGAACGCUUGGUAUGACUCAAAACAAGUGACUGAUCACGUCGUUCAGGGCUAUACAAAGCCUCUAAAAGCAAAGGGAUGGGACAAAGCUCUUGUUGAGUUCACCGUGGCUACAUUAACGGAUAACAAUGGCUCAGAGAAGAAACCUCCAUUGUCGAAAAGGUUACAAGAAAUCAAAUGCCCUGUUCUGAUUGUCACCGGAGAUACGGACCGGAUUGUGCCAGCGUGGAACGCAGAGAGGCUGUCACGAGCCAUCCCUGGAUCGGUGUUCGAAGUGAUUAAGAAAUGUGGGCAUCUUCCACAAGAGGAAAAGCCAGACGAGUUCAUAUCUGUUGUUGCAAAGUUUCUAGGGGAUGUUUUUGGAGGGUCACAAGGAGAGCAACAAGUGGACUUGAAGUUCCAAGGCAGUGUGUCAUAAAAUGUAACGUAGGCUCAAACAAUAUAAAAUGUAACCCUUUGCUUUUCCAUUA